UUCAGUGAUGGAAAAUUACAUGGUUUCUUACUUGGAAAGAUCAAAGACAUUGUAAGUGAUAACACUAUAGCAGAAAAUGUUGUGACUAACUUUCUUAAGAAUUUGAAAAUCAGGUGUAAACGAGCUAGCAGAAACCUAAAUUAUAUGUUGAGUAGGAACAAAGACUGGCUGGCCACCAAAGUGUAUCAAAGCACACCUGAUGAAACACGUGCAAAAUGCCGAGGAAGACCCAGGCCUGAAAGUUUUCAAGACUCGUCAGAAAAAAACAAAGAGAAGAAAAACUGAAGAGCUCACAAACACAACUCCCCAGAGGCUUGUAUUUUCAACAUCCAGAGUUCUCAGAAUGAAUGGACAGCCACAGUUGGCGAAGUCGUUAGCCCAAGUUAACUUUGAAAGCCCAUCAACUUCAUCAUAUAACACUGAAUGCUCCUUUUCUCCAAGUGAAGCAUUGUCAUUGAUCUUAGACCGUGGUCUUUCAAAGAGAAGCUACCAAAAUCUGAGAAACAGUGCACUGGAAAAGAAAUCAAAAAUCUUUCCCUCCUACAACAAUGUUCGAUUGGCCAAAGAAGACUGCUUACCUUCUCCUCCCGAAGAAUGGCUAGUUACUGACGGUUCUGCUGAAGUUACCUUGCAAGACCUUUUGGACCAUACAACAAGGAGAAUAUUUGAGCGAGUUGGGGUCAAUCACGAGGUUAAUGAAUAUAGGUUAAUUUGCAAGAUGGGACGUGAUGGCACAACUGACCUGAGCAUUUACAAGCAGAUACGGAGUGAUAACCAAGAACAAAAUGUUGUGUCUGAAUCCUGUUUCUUUGUCACUUGUUUGGUGCCUCUACAACUUAGUGGAGAAACAGAAGCUAAUGAGAAAGUCCUUGUAUGGAAGAAUAAUAAACCUUCAUCACCAUUUUAUUGUAGACCUACACGAUUCAAGUUUGUCAAGGAAACCUCAGAAGUUUUAGUUCCCCAAACACCACGACAGGCCAGCUGA